GUGGAAAGAGAAGGCCAAUUGAGAUUGAAAUCGUUUAUUCAAACCAUCGCAAACCAAUAUAAUGCCAAGAAUAAAGAAGCGACGCCACCACAAGAAAUAUAAAGUGCGGUGAGGAAUGCUGACUCAGCAAGCAUGUUGGAAAACGGCAGUAGAGAUCUCACCAAACGCGCUUACUGCAAAGACGCGUUCGUCGAUGAACCCAAAUGUUGCUUUUCCAGACCCGAGUUAGAUGACUCCAAGUUUUUCUGCUGUCGAUGUGCCCAUAAAAGGCGAGCAUCCCCACUAACAUGCCUAGCAAUAUGCUUCCUCGUCCUAACGUACAAUCUUCUUGGAGGCUUCCUCUUUCUCGCCAUAGAAGGGAACAGGGUGACAGAAGAAACAGCAGUAGCAGCUUCGAAGCCAAACUUGAGCCAAUCACAAACCACAAGUUCAGAUCUCCGAUCGAAGACUGUUGAAAGGCUAUGGUCGAUAACUGAAGAUUUGAAUAUAUUGUACAAAGAAAACUGGACGAAAUUAGCUGCCAAAGAGUUGAUGGACUUUCAGAAGGUACUCUUGAAGACGAUGAGAGGUGGAGUGGCGUUAGAGAAUAGACUGUCAUAUGAACACGACGGGGAUUAUAGAUGGACGUUUUCCAGCAGUUUUUUGUACGCAUUGACGCUCAUCACGACUAUUGGUCAUGGGAAUGUGACGCCGCAGUCAGCGGUGGGGAAGACCGUCGCCGUCGCGUAUGCCUGCAUUGGCAUCCCCAUCAUCAUGCUAUACCUCUCCACCAUCGGAGAGGCGCUGGCCAGGAAUUUUCGCGUCCUUUACUCCAAAGUCUGCCCUUCCACUCUCAACAGCGGCAACUUCCACUCCAAAGCCGACUGUCUCAGUCGGUACACUAACUCGGGACCAGAGUGCAAGUUUAGUGACUGUGAUAAAAAAGAAAAGUGCUACAACGAUAGACAAGGACGGACACCGUUCCAGGCGGCUUUGAACCUGGACAGUUUUAGUGGCGGUUAUCACUGGACGUGUAGAAACCACACGCGAGUGCCAAUAGUUCUAAGUCUACUGCUCAUAGCUUUGUAUAUAGCGUUAGGGACUGUCGUGUUCCAUACGACGGAAAAGUGGAGCUUCAUCGACGGUUAUUACUUCUCCUUCUCCAGUCUCGCUACGAUCGGAUUUGGGGACCUAAAGCCUGGACUUUAUGCCAGCACAGUGUCUGCUAAAGCGGAGGACAUUGCUGUUGGAGUGUGCUGUAUUUAUAUCUUAGUCGGCAUCGUUGUCAUCGCCAUGUGUUUUAAUUUAAUCCAAGAAGACAUGAGCUCAAUUGUAAGGAGUUUCACAGCGCUCUGCACGGGCAGCUCCACAACCAGAGCAGUGCACAGCGUAGAGAAGGUAUGUGAUGAUAAGAUUUCCAUGUCGGUCGUUUCCUGACAUAGAGAAACGGCCGAUUCUGGGCCGUCGGUCGCGUUUAAUUGCCAGGAGAAACGUCAACAAGUGACAUUUAAAAUAGACAGUUUAAACCCAACGAAAUUCAACAGCCUGCCGCGUCGGAAAUCUUCGAAUUACGGGGAAGAGAGUUUCCAAAGGAACACGCCUGUACGAAGAUCGGCCGGUCACGCUGAGAAGUGUGUUGAGUAUUUCGUGCCGAGGAGUCUAAGCGAGUUUAACUUGAGUGGAGUGGGAGAAUUGUACGAUUUAUCCUUCGGGAAAG